AGUAGUUUAUUCGACGAAUGGCUCCAGCCCACUAAGAUUAUUGCGACCAUGGCGGAGGAAGUGCUCAAGUGCGCGCGCUUCGGAGAUGAACAGGAGCUCAGAACGUUGAUACAGUCGGUGGACGACACGGAGCGCGAUGCAUUCGUCAACUUCGUGCAGCCGGAGACGCUCAACACGCCGCUUCACAUGGCGUGCGCCAAUGGCCACGUCGAAUGUGUUCGCGAACUGCUAAGCAACGGAGCCAAGCAUGUGCCCAACGCCAGCGGGAACCUGCCACUGCAUUGGGCGGUGCAGAACAAACACCGAGAGAUUGUCAAGCUGAUCGUGGAUGGAGUUAAAGACCUGGACGUGCUGGCUCGCAAUAGUUUCGGCCGUGGCUGCGUCACCGAAGCCUUCCAAUGUGAAGACACUGAGAUCUUGGCGAUGUUAUUAGAGCACAGCUCGGCGACAGAAGAGCGUCUGGCUGAAGGCACGGGUAUGGGCAAGGACGCGAUCAAGGAAGAAAUCGAGGAGGAAGGAGACGAGGCCGACAGCAGCUCGCCCAAGGUCUUACAGGAGACUGUAUUGGAGUUCAACUUCGCCCCGGGCCUGCCGACAUUGCGUGCUAGAGAACUGGCACUGGAAUGGAGCAAGGACGCGUUCGGAUCCACUGCAGAGGAAGACAUCACGGGCGUGUCGAUCUGGUCGGCGGCGCUUAUUUUGAGUCGCUGGGUCAUUGACCACCGCGAUAUUUUCGACGGCAAACAGGUCUGCGAACUUGGAUCGGGCUGCGGUGUCAGUGGUCUGGCGGUGCACAAGUACACGAAUGCUGCGCGUGUUGUGCUGUCCGAUCUGUUCGCACACACCAUUCAGAAUCUGGAGCACAAUGUGGAGCUCAACAAGACCGACAAGAAGACUGGAGUUGAAGAACAGAAGCAGGAAGCUCCCGUUCUGGACUGUUGCGGUCGAUGUGGUGCCGUCCAGCGCUUUACUCCAGACAACCCGGAGGGCAAGCUCAUGACGUGCGGUGGCUGUAGAUCUGUGGCUUACUGCUCGCGUGAGUGUCAGAAGAAGGCCUGGAAGAAACACAAAGCUGAUUGCAAGGCUAUCCGUGCCCAACGUGAGCAGGCCGAAGCGCUAAAGCAGAGCAAGGCCAGUGAGGACGGGGUUAUCCAGGUCGAGGCUAUUGACUGGGCCCAGCGUGAGACCUGGCCGACUAGCUGUGACGACGACAAGUUCGACGUGCUCUUCGGCUCGGAUCUCGUGUACCACCAGGAAAUUGUGCCGGUGCUUGUGAAUGUGGUGGACGGUAUGCUGGCUGCUGAAGGACGAUUUGUACACGUUGCGUCCCAGGCGCGACACUCGCUGGUGGAGUUCAAAGAAGCGAUGGAGGUCCGAGGCUUCACGUGUGAGGUGGAGGAAGUUCCUGAGGAUUACAAGAGGAACCCGCUGGUGGGUAAUGACGCCGCGGCUGAACUGUUCGCUUUGCACUUCAACGAGAUGAGCGACGUGUACUGCAUCUACACGUUCACUCGCACCUCCCAGCCAUAGAUUAGAUAACUGGCAACCUGUAUCUUCAAUCGCGUGUUGUUGCUUAUACCAUGGCAUCAGGUGCACCAGCAUUGACGGAUGCGUCUUCACUGGCGGUAGUUCUCUUUUUCUUGCUGAGUGUUCGAGGAUUCGGCAGCAAUCGUGUACUCGGCAUGAGAGAGAGUAUUUUGUACUUGCAUCUGCCGAACACAAGCUCCCAAUUGCCGUGGAUGCUACCGGUUGAGUAGGGACUAACCACUUUUCCGCCAUGAAGACGCCGAUUGCGCGGAUGGCGAUUGAUCUGCAGCUCCACCGACGUCUAACAAGCGCAGACAUUAGUGUCGAGAAGGUUGCUAAGAUAGAUCCAUUAUCGUACCUGUGCUGUGGCGAUGAGGAAAGUGUGCCAACUUGCAAGGAUUGAGACAGCCAGACCUGCGGACGCAGAGAUCGCAAACACGAACUGCAGAGUGUUGGACGCCGAGAUGUUGAGCGACCUCACUUGGGCAAGCACGAGCAUCUGCACGCAAAAUCAAGGCGUAACGUUAAGUUCUGAUCACUGCAGGAGUGCCAACCCCUCCAACUCACUCUAGCGUAUUGUUCGCGACUGAGAUCGGUGUAGGCUGCCCUAUAGCUCAUGUAGGCUGCGUAGUAGCACCCCACCGCUAGCCACACCAGGAAUGAAAAGAAGUACUGGAUCACAGUCUCCACGUUAGAACUGUCACUUCAUCAACAGCGGCUACUCCACAUACCCGAUAAUUGUCGCGUCCAAUGCAGUUGUUCACCCACGGACAGUGGUGAUCCAAGUGCGCGAUGCAUCUAUUGCACACCGAACAGUGAUGUGCACGUUGCGGUCGAAAGUGUCGACACCUUCGGCAAUACGACAUGCCGUCCUCAACACCGCGUUGUCUUGCAACGCUCUGCGGGUCGAUAAGCUGCACGCGUAGCAACUGGACUCGAUCGCCUCCAUUCUUCCCGUCAGGAGUGACCGCACUGGGUCGAAUUCGUGGGAGCCGACCCGUCUCCAGUUCGUUGUCAUCGCUAUCUUGCUCCAGAUCGCCUUCCUCGUCCUCGUCCUCUUCGUUGUUGUCUACUCCAGCAUCGUGAAAGUCUGCCUCUGCCUUCCACUUGGCCGUAAUGACCCCCUGGCAUACACCGAAGGUAGAGUAAGUAGAACGCUUAACAUUGAUAAGGCAUUGCUGCCGCACCGGGUCUGUUGCGCAGCACAGUGCGUAGUUAAAGUAGAUGUUGAAGAGGAGUACCAUGGCAAUGGCUAAAUGACAUACCAACUGGUAAAAAAAGUUAGUUUAUCGU